AUGCGAGUGUGUUGUCUCCGGGUGUUCGUCGAUGGUGAACUGUGGGACUGCCUGUUGAUAGUGAAAUUCAACCGAGAAUAUGUGCUGUACACGACUGUUGACCAGCUUCCGUUCAGCAUGUCGGCAGAACUGUGCUCUCUAGGCCUGAAUGGUGCCCGGGACCCCAUGUCCACGGUAAUGGACGCCAAUUGUCUGGAGUGCGUCAUCAAGGCGCUGGCGAACAGCGACACGCUCAAGCGAUUGGUCGUGAGGCGGAUGAACAGCGUCGCAUCGGUGGACAACAACAACAUUGUGGUUGGCUUCAACGACGUCCGGCUGGUGACACCGGACAAAUAUAGACUGCCCUACACAUGGUGCGAACUGUAUGAAAAAACUGAUACUGAAUACAGAGAGCUUGAAAACAUUAUGGCUUGGUUAUCAACUCUUGGUGGAGCUUUUUCAUCAUUGGGCGAUCAGACUGAACACUGUGCAAUCGUAGCAGGGAAUAUUUCAUUGCAACAGUUAAGAAUUGCAAUGCGAAUUGGUGAUCCUUUGACCGCAGCCCGGUGUAAGCUGUAUGCUGCUAUUAGUCUCAUGCAACGUGGUUUUCAUAAGCAAGCUAAAUUCAUUGUUCAAAAUCAAUACAUGUUUAUCAAAUCUCAAUUAGUUGUUGAUGAGCGACUUAUCAAAAUGUGUUGUGGUGUAUGGACAAAGUUACGUUAUGAAUGGAAUCGAAAAAAAUGUCUUAAAAAAAAAUCAAUUCUGUAA